AUGGAACCCAUUUUUGAAGAAGCUAGAGAAGGUAAAGAUAAUAGUAUAGAAAUAAAUAAAUUUAGAAUUCAAUUAGCAAUUAGCACUAUACCCGAAUUCAAUGGCAAUUCAGAUGACCUUUAUAGAUUUUUAAGUACUGUAGACUCAAUUUUAGAUGAUGUAGAUUUUAAGACAUACAAAUUUAUAUCAAAAAUUGUUAUUUCGUAUCCAUCAUAUUGUGACUUGGCUUUGGCAGUUUUUGUUAAAGGCCUACCAUUGGACUUGAAAAUUAUAGUUAAAGCAGCCAAACCGGAAAAUUUGAAAGAUGCUAUGCACAUUGCUGCAAAGGAAGAAAAAUAUUUAAACAUCAGAUCUGAUAAAAAAUACAACCCAUUCGUCACUUGCAGAUACUGCAAGAAAAGGGGACACCACAUUAACCAAUGUCGAAAACUUACAAAUAGGAAAAGAGAUGACAAACUUAGAAUCUACAAUGGUGGAAAUGACGAUAGAAUGGACUACGAAAGUAAUAAGGAUCUGAAAUAUACAAAAACAUAUGAUGAUACAUACAAGGCAUUCAUAACAACUAAGGAAGAAUCUGAAGAAUCCGAAGAACAAGAAGAAUACAAAGAAGAAAGUUUGACUCACAACACCAAAAUAGAAGAGUUGACGACAAUCGCUAGUCCUAGUAAAGAGAGCAUUGAAACAUUGUCUGCUCUAGAAAUAGCAGAGCAAAUGACGUACCUGGACCAUCAGAUCUUCAUGUCAAUUAGAAGCGAGGAAUUUUUGGGACAAGCCUGGAUGAAAUCAGACAAAGCUGUAAGGGCUCCACAUAUUUUACUGAUGACCAGAAGAUUCAAUGAUGUUUCGAGAUUAGUUGUCAGCGAAAUUGUUCGAAGACCUGGCUUGCAAGCACGAACUCAAGCAAUCGAAAAAUGGGCUGCAGUUGCUGAUAUAUCAAGAUGUUUGCACAACUUCAACGGAGUCCUCCAAGUAUGUGCUGCCUUUACAAAUAGUUCUGUAUUUAGGCUCAAGAAAACAUGGGAAAAAGUCUCCAAAACGACUCGACAAACAAUAGCCAAGUUGCAAAGAGUUGUCUCAUCUGAUGGAAGAUUUCGGGUUUUGCGAGAUGCCUUGCACAGAUGUGAUCCACCAUGCAUACCUUAUUUGGGAUUAUAUUUAACUGAUCUGAGUUUUAUUGAAGAAGGCACUCCAGAUUUCACGCCUGAUGGGUUACUGAAUUUUUCGAAAAUGAGAAUGAUUGCCCAUGUGAUCAGAGAAAUUCGCCACUUUCAGCAAACACCAUACAAAAUCGAAAACAUUCCAAAAGUGACCAACUAUUUACUGGAUGCCUCAUUGCUUUUAGAUGAUGACGAAUUGUACAGAUUGAGUCUGCAAAUCGAACCUAGAACUUCAAGGUUGGGAACCACUAAUUAG